GCGCUCGGCUCGGCAGCCCCAGCAGCCCCAGCCCCGUCCCCCGCCAUUUCAGCCCGGCGCGGAGAGGCAGAGGGACGCGAGCGGCCGCCGCGGGGACGAGCAGCCGCCCCGCAGCCCGGACAGCGCUAGGUCUGCUGAAAAUGACGGAAUAUAAACUUGUUGUUGUCGGAGCUGGUGGUGUAGGCAAGAGUGCCUUGACAAUACAGCUAAUUCAGAAUCAUUUUGUGGAUGAAUAUGAUCCUACAAUAGAGGAUUCCUACAGGAAACAAGUAGUAAUUGAUGGAGAAACCUGUCUCUUGGAUAUUCUUGAUACAGCAGGUCAAGAAGAGUACAGUGCAAUGAGGGACCAAUACAUGAGAACAGGGGAGGGCUUCCUAUGUGUAUUUGCCAUAAAUAAUACAAAAUCAUUUGAAGAUAUUCACCAUUAUAGGGAACAAAUAAAAAGAGUUAAAGAUUCUGAAGAUGUCCCCAUGGUGCUAGUAGGAAACAAAUGUGACUUACCUUCCAGAACAGUAGAUACAAAACAAGCUCAGGACUUAGCACGAAGUUAUGGAAUUCCUUUCAUUGAAACAUCAGCAAAAACAAGACAGAGAGUGGAGGAUGCUUUUUAUACAUUGGUGCGAGAGAUUCGACAGUACAGAGUGAAAAAAAUCAGCAAAGAAGAAAAGACUCCAGGGUGCGUGAAAAUUAAAAAAUGUCUUGUAAUGGGUGUCGAUGAUGCCUUCUACACGUUAGUUCGAGAAAUCCGAAAACAUAAAGAGAAGAUGAGUAAAGAUGGUAAAAAGAAGAAAAAGAAGACAAAGACAAAGUGUAUAAUUAUGUAAAUACAAUUUAUCCUUUAUUCUUAAGGCAUACUUAAGAAAGUGAUUUUUUGUACAUUACACUAAAUUAUUAGCAUUUGAUUUAGCAUUACUUAAUUUUCUUUCUGCUUCAUGAACCUGAAUGCUUGUUUUAAAUGACAGUGGAAGCUUUAUUCCUCUUAAGUGCCAGUAUUCCUUGAGUGUUGGUUCUUGAACUAGCAAUGCCCGUGGAAGAAGAAAAAAAAAAAAAAAAAACCCUAGAGAAUUUUCUUAGGAUUUUUUGGUGCAUGCAAAGCUGCUAACUUCCUAUUUUUCUUACCAAUUGUGAACUUUAGUUCUGUGUGCAAACAAAAUAAUGAAAGUGCUCCACAGGCUCUAAUAUCGUUACUGUGGUUUUUUAUCUGGGUGAAUAAAAGGACUCGUUAGCAUAAGAAAUUUUUAUUUCCGACUUGUUUUCUUUUAUUCUAGACUGACUGCAAUAUUGAGAGACCAGAAGCCUUUAUAGUCUUCCUAUAGAUUCUGCUUCUAGGCAUCUAGUCUUGUAGCAUUUCAGAUCAACUUCAAUGAAUGUAAAGAUAUAACUUUCACAAAGUUUUUCACUGCAAUUUGUCAUGGUCACUCCUUAAAUACUAUAUUUUUUCUAUAAAAAAAGAAAAAUUAAAAAAAGACAAUAGUGCACAUCUGGCAAUGGAAAAAGUAAAAGUUCUAAUUAAAUUGAUUUGCUAUUGUAAUGCUUUGCUUAAGACUUUCACUAACUUUUUGUGUCAGGAGACCCAGGGUUAAAUCCUGGUUCCACUGAAGUAACUGACAAAUUUCAAAGUAGUUUCAGUAGGGUCAGGAUUUCACCCUCAGUGUCACUUCUAAGAAAUACUGGAAAGCCUUAACAAAUGAGUAAUUCAGACACUUACAAAAGUUAAUUCAUAUGUUGAUUCAGAGUUUAAUCCUAAAAAUUAGGUCAGGACCUCUACCUUUAUAGAUGUCAGAACCAUUUUUUCAAGAGUGGCAUUAAAUAUUUCCAAAUGCCCAUUUUCUGUAUAAUAGGGGAGGCAUUUUAAAGUCCAGUAACCUCUUUAGAUUCAGUAAUGGCACUUGAAUUCAGCUGCUUCAUACAGAUUAGUUGGAAAUCCACUAUGCCAUAAAUAUGGGGAUGAUGGAGAAUUUGCACAAACAUUCAGUAGGCAUAGCUGAUAUUAUGGUUUCCAGAGCUAAUGUUGUUUUGUGUUCUGCUGUGAUUCUUGUGAAAUACUAAUUUUGUUUCACAGAUUAUAUGGUUGUUUAGUGGAAUAAAAUGUCAAGAUUGUUACACAUCGAAACCAGGUUUUCAGUGUUGUUGUUCCCAGAGUGAUUUUUUCUUGUGAUUUUUUUCUGAUUGGAGUUAAUCCAUUAUUUUGAAGAAGCUUUCAUUUACAGUAUACAAUAGUUUGGUUAAUCUGCAUCGAACUGAGAGCCAGCUAUCUCAUGUUGCCAACUCUUGUGAUUUUCAUCGUGAGUUUAGUAAAUUUGAUGUUUUUUUUUUUUAAGGCCCCACUCCUGGAGUUGAGUUGAGUUUACAUGAGAAUCUCAGCUUGCUUUUCUAAUGCUUCUAGCCCUCAUAGUUGCAGGGAAGAGCUUGAAAAUGUGACUCAACUGUAUGCUAAAUGAUUGAACAGCAGAAGGCAAAUAAUACACAACGUGUAUUGGUCUUUAAAACCUUGUGAUUUGUUGGGGCAUGAUUCAUGAAUUUUCAGUGGUCAUGAUAGGCAAAACUGCUAUUCCCAAGUUAUCCUGAAACUUUUAAACAGAGUUUGCACACUUAGUUUUUCACAGAAUAGGAUUUUCAUGGAGCAGCGUAACUUAAAACGCAUGUACAAUAUCAAAGGUACAACUACAUGUGCAAAAUGACCUCUUAUUUCUACAUGGGGAGCAGUAGUAGCCAUAUUUGAAGGAGAGCUGCAAUGGUGGCUAGGGGUGUAGUAAACAUACUACCUGUAUUUCUGCAUGACCCUUACAUUUUGUGUGGCUGGGAAAGCAUUUCUGAAUUUUUUAAAAAAUUCUUUCCCAAGCUGCAGGGUAUACUUCAUACAUAUGGCCAAAAGGGGGAAAAAAAAAAUACUGAAAGAUGGUGGUGAGAGAACAUAAUGUUACAUCCUAAUUUAGGACCAAUAGGAAGCGGGAACAAAUCCCGGUACAUGGUGUAAACAUCUAAUGUUUUAUUUGCAACUUCUAAGUUUAAAACAUCUUGAGGUUGAGAUUUUGUUGGUUAAUUGCAUAUUUUUAGACACUACUAUCAACAUAUUGGAAGAACGUAGCAGAAGUGGAUAGUGUAACUUGAACAAACAAGAAAUAGAAUCUUAAGACUUAUGACUUUUUGUAACUGUGUCACACUGCAUGCAAAUUUAGGGCUCAUUUAGACAGUUUUUAUCAAUUUAACUAAAUUGGUAGAAAAACUGAUUUAGCUAAAAUUGGUGCAGCUUUCAAAUGUGGAUGCAAUUAUCAGUAUAAAAGUAUCUAUACCAAGAUAGCUUAUUUUAAUAAAUUUAAUCUGUAAACUACCAAUUCAUUUGAAUAGAUAUUAAAACAGUUUAGACCAGCCUUUAUGAUCUAACUUUCACAAAAUACGCUCAUCCUUGCCACUGUUGUGCAGUUUUGUCUUAAUAUUUGUAGAGACUUGGUGAGGCAUGUUGAAUUGCAGCUUGCACAAGUUGAUCUAAUAAUUAUUCUGCCUUUCCCUAUUUGAAAUGCUUUCCAAGAACAUAUCCAGAUUGCUAUCUUUUUCUGAUAGUAACUAUUAAAUGAACAUGUGAAGUCACUUACUACAUUAAUACAUUAGAUUUCCAAUGCCUGAUAGUAGCUUUAUGUAACUUUUGGUAAACACCUUUUAAAAAAAAAAAGGUCAUCAGUUACCUUAAAACUGAAAUUUUAUUCUUUCGAUUCUUUUAACCUAUACAGUUGUCCUAAAAUCUUGUUUGGCUGAGAUUAUGUAAAAAAAAAUUCACCAUUUAAAAUGCUAUUACUGUAAUAGUUCCUACAUAAACUUCCAUUCUUUUGUCAGUACUAUCAAGCAAUACAACUAUUUCCUUCUAAGGCCAUCAAGCUGUGGCUCUUUUUGUAAAGUCUGCAUAAAGCUACAUAGGCAGUAAUCUUUCCUAACAUUUCCUAAUAAUUCCACUGUCUUGUGUUUUCAUGUUGAAAAUACUUCUGCUUUUUCCUCUUGAGUGCCAACUUCUUACUAGAACAAUUUCUUAAUGUAAUAUGUUUACCUGGAAUGUAUUUUAACUAUUUUUGUAUAGUGUAAACUGAAACAUGCACAUUUUGUACAUUGUGCUUUUUUUUGAUGUGGAAUAUAUGCAGUGUGAUCCAGUUUUCCCAUCAUUUGGUUGCGUGACCUAUGAAUAUUGGUCAUACCAGACAUUAAAUUAAAAGAAUGACCACUGUUUAAACUUUUUAAUGUUUUAUAGGAGCAUGUGCUGUGAGGUGAUCUGAAAUUUGUCAUUUUUUGUCAAAUUGUACUGCUCCUAUUUAUUGUAAUGUAAUAAAAAUAGUUAUUGUGAACUUUUGUUGAUAUUUAAUUUGUUGCUCCUUCCAAUAAAUGUAAUGCUAAUCUUUAUAAUUA